UAUAACGUGAUAAGAAAGAAUUAAAUUUUUGGAAUUGUGAAAAUUCUUUUUGGUGUGUCUGAUCAUAUAAUGCAUAUUUUUAAAGUAGUUUUCCAUUCUAUGAAGUAAGUGCAGUUAUAAACUUUAAUUCUCGCUUUGGUUUUACUAUUUGUCAAAGAUUCCUUUUGGUCACAACCUACAUAUAUUUAACGAAUAGGUUUAUUCAAACGUAUUAUGUAGUUGUUUGUUUUUUAUUAUGAAAUCAUAGACUGAUUAGUAUAAAUUUGAUUUUGUUGAUGAAUAUGGGAUGGACUUGCCUACAUUUGAAAUACUAUUGAAUGAAGAUGAUAAAAGCCUUCAUGCAGAUGUUUUAUUUUCAAACUAUUCUGAUAGUUUCAAUGUAAAUUCAUCACAACAUAGAAAUAAAGGCACAAAAAAUGAAUUAUUGUUAAGUCAAAAGCUUUCUAUGGUUGAUGAUUUGCAAUUAUCAUUACAUAAACAUCUAAAAAAAGAUUCAUAUAUUCAAAAGUCAGGGCAUGAAAUUGAACCUCCAAUACAAUUUCAAGAUUUACCGUGCAGAUCUAUUAACAUUUAUUCUCCACCUAGUAAUUUCAAAGAUGAUCAAAACAAAUAUGUUAAAUCACCUGUUUAUACUAAUGAAUGUGUUAUUCAAGUUGAAAAAUAUGCAGACAAUUUUAUUAAAUCAUUAAUAAAUGACAUUUUGAAUUUGGCCGCACCUACUGACUCAAGGUUUUCAAAACAGUCUAGACUGCAUCCCAAUUUGGGUGUAUAUUGGAAAACAAACAAUGCUCUUACAAAUGAAUCAAGCAACUCCCUUUUGUCAACAUUAUCAUCUUCCCAUAAUUCCUUAUUGAAUAUAAUGCCAUCUGAUGAUUCAAAUUUUAUUUCUUCAGCUAUUUCACAUGAUGUAUUAAACAGUGAUACAUAUAAAUUACCAAUUGACAGCUCGACAUUUAAUAUUGCAUUUCGUAGACCACUGCGAAAAAAACGAAAAUUACGCCGCCAUUCUAUAUCUCCUAAUAAAAAACAAAGCGAACAUUUUAUGAAUGUACAAGAACCAAUUCAUAUGACUUUAAAGGACGUAAGAAGUAUUCUUCAUAAUUUUUAUAGAGAUUCUAAAGAAUGUAAUCAACCUACUCAAAUUCCGAGUUUUAUAAAACAUGAUGAUAUUCAAAAUGAUCACAAUAAAAAAAAUUGUGUUGAAAAUAUUUCAUCAUUAAAAUGUAAAAUAAGAAAACAAACAUUUUUAGUUAACAUGAAGUACAAAAAAUCUAAAGAAAGUUCAUCAGAAAAAAUAAGUAGUACUAAUCAUGCAACAAGAAAAAUAUUUUGCUCUUCUCCAUUUGUUUCAUCUUCAAAAUCAAACUUUACAUUUAGUUUAAAACAAACAUUUUGCAAUAUAUUUCGGUCACGUAAAAAUAAUUCAGUUGAAUCAGAUCAUGGAUCUACUUUAACAGACACAGUAGUACUUUUAGAUGUUACAAAAGGGUCAAAAGUUGAAAAACGUGCUUUACCUCCCGUACCCAAAGAUGGAGUUGGUGAUUCAUUUGUACGUGAAUCUAAUAUGGACUUUGCAUCUAGUAUAGAAAAAGCCAAAGAUUAUGGUUGGUAUUGGGGUCCAAUAUCUGGUGAAGCUGCAGAAAAAAUAUUGUCUACUGAACCAGAUGGUUCUUUUAUAGUACGAGAUAGUAGUGACGAUCAUUAUAUAUUUUCAUUGACAUUUAAAUUGAAUGGUUUUGUUCGACAUGUCAGAAUUGAACAUGAUCAUGGUAAUUUUAGCUUUGGUAGUUGUACUAAAUUUAAAAGUCAUACAAUCAUAGAGUUUGUUGAAAACGCUAUUGAACAUUCACGCAGUGGAAGGUAUUUAUUUUUCUUACAUAGACGACCUGUAUUGGGACCAAUGAGAGUUCAAUUACUCCAUCCUGUUUCACGAUUUAAACAAAUUCAAAGUUUACAACAUAUGUGCAGAUUUGUAUUGUUAAAAACAGUCAGACGGGAUCUUAUAUAUAAACUACCUUUACCUCGACGACUCAUCGACUACUUAAAUACUCCACAUUAUUAUUGUGAACAACUUAGCUGCAGUGAAAAUAGUAGUUUAAUAAAUCCUUCACCAGCUGUGCAUUUAAUAUCAUUUACACCUCCUUAAGCCUCUUGAUAAUUUUAAUGGUGUAUAAUACUUUGUAGAUAAUUAUUUAAAUUAAUCGAAGACAACAUGUAUAACUAAAAGUAGGACAUAAUUUUAAAAGCAACGAUCAGCAGAAAAUUAUAGUAAAAUCUUAUCACUAUAACUAAAAUUAUUUUUACUUUAAUAAUACAUUAUGAAUAUAUUUUCAAAUAGAACAAUACUUUUCACAUAUUUUUUAAAAUUAUUUUAUUUGUUACUUCAUAAAAUUCUUCCUUUUAACAUUUUUCCAUUAGUACUAUAAUACUGAAUAUUUUUUCUACUAAAAUUAUAAUUAUUUAAUUUUAAUUGAGGUCUGUCAGUUUUUAACCCUCUACUUUAUUUGCCACUAAAAAUAUUAUUAAUAUUUUCUAUUAAAUAUGUAUAAACAUUUGCAAUAUCAUAUUCACCACCCAAUACUUAAACAGACAUGUUUUCUAUUUCAAGUAAAGUAUAUAAAAUUAAAAUCAUAGAUUUAUAGUUUAUAUCAACAUAUAUAAAAAAAAAUAAAAAUUUUCAAAAAGAAAAGUACUAAGAAUAAAUAUUAACAUUAAAUCAUUAAAGUAGCAUAAAUCUAUCAAUUUUAUCUCUAUAGUAUUUUAGUUUUUCUUUAUAAAUACUUGUUUUUUGUUUUUUUUUUGUUACCUAUUUUUAAGUAAAUAAUUGUGAUUUUAGAUUUAAUCUACUCAAAAAAAAUAUACAACUAGUUUAUUUUAAUGUAGUAAAUAAACAGUCAAUUUAUUUUAGGACAAGGUAAUAAGUAAACUAAUGUUAAUUUUUUAUGUAUUUAGUAUAGUGUUCUUAUUUAAAAUAAAAAUCAAUAUUAUUUAUA